UACAGCGGACACUAAGGUGAUCAAUGUUUACCUCAUUGGACAAAUCUUAAGCCUUUUACAGACAUGCUGCUCUGAGUGCUUUGAUCCCAAAACUUUAAUCGUUAGCAAUUAUGAAAAUUCUUCAGUACCUGGCUUUAACCUUUUAACCAAUGCAGAAAUGGGAAUGUGCAUGAUGGUUUGUAACAGAUUUGAGUUGUGUCGCUCAGUGGAUUGGAUACGCGAAAAAAAGAUAUGCCAACUAAACACGAGAUUUGCCAUCAAAAAAGUCAGUAGUCUUAUGACCGGAGGCCGAAUCAUUCAUGUUGACCGGGAAAGUUUUCCAAAGCACCUGGCGGCCGAUUGUCCCAAGCAUACCUGUACCGAGGAUGCAAUCUGUCUUGGGGGUAACUGUGUACCUGUUUUAAAAGAAAAAAUGUACAAAGACUGUUCAGAUAUUGUGAAAAGAGACCCAAGCAAGAAAGGAAAAGACGGUGUGUACGUAAUUUACCCUGACACACGAAGAGAGGUCUUGUGUAACAUGACAACAGAUGGUGGAGGGUGGACAGUGAUUCAAAAGCGACAGGAUGAUGAGGUGGAUUUUAACAGGACAUGGAUGGAGUAUAAACAUGGAUUUGGGAAUGCCUCUAAUAACAAUUGGAUAGGGAAUGACGCAAUCUACGCCUUAACAAAGGAUAAAAACCAAGAACUCCGAGUUGAUCUACAGAGUUAUAAUGGAGAACAGGCCUAUGCUGUGUAUUCUACAUUUUACAUCGGAGAUGAAAACAAUAAGUAUACUCUGACAGUAUCUGGAUACAACGGAACAGUGGGUGACAGUUUAUCGUAUAACAAUGGAUAUAGAUUUACUACUAAAGACCAGGACAAUGACGGGUGGAGUGGUGGUAACUGUGGUGUAACAUAUAAGGGAGGCUGGUGGUACAACAAUUGUCACUACGCGAACCUGAACGGACAGUACGGACAGUCUGGGGCGUCUGGUUGGCAAUACAUGAUAUGGUAUCACUGGACAGGAACUGAAGCAUUGAAACAGACUUCGAUGAUGGUUAGAAACAAAAUUCCCAAUCAUGAAAAGAAGUACACGGUGGAUGUUACGAAAAAGAUAUACAAGGACUGCUCAGACAUUUUAAAAAGAGACCCAGGCAAAAUAGAACAAGAUGGAGUGUACGUUCUUUAUGCUGACAUCCGAAAAGAAGUCUACUGUGACAUGACGACAGAUGGAGGAGGAUGGACGGUAAUCCAGAAACGAGAAGAUGGCGAAGGCGACUUUUACAGAACAUGGAAAGAGUACAAAGAGGGAUUUGGGAAUGUGUCUAAAAACUACUGGAUAGGGAAUGAUGCAAUCCACACGUUAACAAAGGAUAAAACCCAACAACUCCGUGUGGACCUCAAAAGUCAUGGUGGAGAACAGGCCUAUGCCGUGUACACUACAUUUUACAUCGGAGAUGAAGCCAAUAAAUAUACACUGACAGUAUCUGGGUACAGCGGAACAGCGGGUGACAGUUUUGCUCGUCUUAAUGGGAUGGGAUUCAGCACAAAAGAUCAAGAUAACGACUUGAGCACUAAGAACUGUGCUGUUAAACAUUACGGUGCCUGGUGGUACAGAGCAUGUCACAACUCAAACCUGAACGGAGAGUACGCCCAGUCUGCUGUGAUUGGUACUAGAUACCCGGUAUGGUAUUACUGGAAACGUAAAUAUAAAGCAUUAAAACAGACUCAGAUGAUGAUCAGACACAGAAACUAA